AUGCCGCUAGCGCAGCUGGCGGACCCCUGGCAGAAGAUGGCUGUGGAGAGCGCGGCCGACAGCAGUACAGAGAAUGGGCAGCAAAUUAUGGAUGAACCUAUGGGAGAAGAAGAGAUUAAUCAGCAAACUGAAGAAGGCAAUAUCAAAGAGAUUGCAAUAACACAUCAUGUAAAGGAAGGACAUGAGAAAGCAGAUCCAUCACAGUUUGAACUUCUUAAGGUUCUAGGACAGGGUUCUUUUGGAAAGGUAUUUCUUGUCAAAAAAAUCUCAGGAUCAGAUGCUAGACAGCUUUAUGCAAUGAAGGUAUUAAAAAAAGCCACACUGAAAGUUCGAGAUCGGGUUCGGACAAAAAUGGAACGUGACAUCUUAGUGGAAGUUAAUCAUCCUUUUAUUGUCAAGUUACAUUAUGCUUUUCAAACAGAAGGAAAGCUAUACCUUAUUUUGGAUUUUCUCAGGGGAGGAGACUUGUUUACACGCUUAUCCAAAGAGGUGAUGUUCACAGAAGAAGAUGUCAAAUUCUACUUGGCUGAAUUAGCACUUGCUUUAGACCACCUACAUAGUCUUGGAAUAAUAUACAGGGAUCUAAAACCAGAGAAUAUACUUCUUGACGAAGAAGGACAUAUCAAAUUGACAGAUUUUGGCUUAAGCAAAGAGUCCAUUGAUCACGAAAAGAAAGCAUAUUCCUUCUGUGGGACAGUAGAAUAUAUGGCACCAGAGGUAGUUAAUCGACGAGGCCACACACAGAGUGCAGACUGGUGGUCUUUUGGUGUUUUAAUGUUUGAAAUGCUCACGGGUACUCUACCUUUCCAAGGGAAAGACAGAAAAGAAACCAUGACUAUGAUUCUCAAAGCCAAACUUGGAAUGCCCCAAUUUUUAAGUCCUGAAGCACAGAGUCUUCUCCGAAUGCUCUUCAAACGAAACCCUGCAAACAGAUUAGGGGCAGGUCCAGAUGGAGUUGAAGAAAUUAAGAGGCAUUUCUUUUUCUCCACAAUAGACUGGAAUAAAUUAUACAGAAGAGAAAUUCAUCCACCUUUUAAACCUGCAACUGGCAGGCCGGAGGAUACAUUUUAUUUUGAUCCUGAAUUUACAGCAAAAACACCGAAAGAUUCACCUGGUAUUCCACCUAGUGCUAAUGCACAUCAGCUUUUUCGGGGAUUCAGUUUCGUUGCUAUUGCAUCAGAUGAUGAAAGCCAGGCAAUGCAGACAGUUGGGGUUCAUUCAAUUGUUCAGCAGUUGCACAGGAACAGCAUUCAGUUUACUGAUGGAUAUGAAGUAAAAGAAGACAUUGGGGUUGGUUCUUAUUCUAUCUGCAAGAGAUGUAUACAUAAAGCUACAAAUAUGGAAUAUGCAGUUAAGAUUAUUGACAAGAGCAAAAGAGAUCCAACAGAGGAAAUUGAAAUCCUACUGCGCUAUGGACAGCAUCCAAAUAUUAUUACCCUUAAAGAUGUGUAUGAUGAUGGAAAGUACGUAUAUGUGGUAACAGAACUUAUGAAAGGAGGAGAACUGCUGGACAAAAUUCUUAGGCAAAAGUUUUUCUCAGAACGAGAAGCUAGUGCUGUCCUGCUCACAAUAACAAGAACUGUUGAGUACCUCCAUGCACAAGGGGUUGUUCAUAGAGAUCUGAAACCUAGCAACAUUCUUUAUGUUGAUGAAUCUGGUAACCCAGAAUCAAUUCGAAUUUGUGAUUUUGGCUUUGCAAAACAGCUAAGAGCAGAAAAUGGUCUUUUGAUGACUCCAUGUUACACAGCAAAUUUUGUUGCUCCAGAGGUUUUAAAAAGGCAAGGCUAUGAUGCUGCUUGUGAUAUUUGGAGUCUUGGUGUCCUGCUUUAUACUAUGCUCACUGGCUACACUCCUUUCGCAAAUGGUCCCGAUGAUACCCCAGAGGAGAUAUUGGCACGAAUAGGUAGUGGAAAGUUCUCUCUCACUGGUGGUUACUGGAAUUCAGUUUCAGUUACAGCUAAGGACCUGGUUUCAAAGAUGCUUCAUGUCGACCCACAUCAAAGACUGACUGCUGCCCAGGUUCUUAGACACCCUUGGAUAGUUGACAGUGACCAGUUGCCUCAGUACCAGCUAAACCGACAGGAUGCUCCACAUUUGGUGAAGGGUGCCAUGGCAGCCACAUACUCUGCUUUGAACCGCAAUCAGUCACCAGUUUUGGAGCCAGUAGGCCGUUCUACUCUUGCUCAGAGGAGAGGUAUAAAAAAAAUUACCUCAACAGCCCUGUGAAGUGACCUCAACCAGAUACUUGGUACCAUGGUAUAAGAUGAUAGCACAAAUCAUGGCGACAAGUAGCACAUAUCUGACAGAUUCCUGCAAGCACACUCUGUCCCAGCCGGUACCCAUAAUGCUGCUGCUCCUAUUGUUGCUACUGCUUUCAUCUAUUCUCCCUUUAAACUGUUGAUGGCAAGUUUCUGACCUUUCUGGAGCUUUGGAUGGAGUGAAAAGUGGAAACACAAUGAAAAUGAACAUGUUCAGUAAUUGAAUAAACUAGAAGAAUUAUGAAUGCCAACUCUAUCAUAAAAAUACACUGAAUAAAGCACUCUGCACCAUAUAGCAUUAUUUUUAUAAGAAAUAUUUCUCGUCCCCUAAAAUAUUCUUUGUUACAUGUUGGGAUGGACAGUUUAUGUUAAGCACUUAGCUUAAACAAUCUGUUUAUAUUAGCACUGUAUACUUUGUGCCAUCCAACAUUUUGUAUGUUUUUGUAAACAAUUCAUAAGCAGUACUUUUCUGUGCUGUUUUCUUUAAUGUAUACAUGCCUUGGUUUAUUUAGAUUUUAUUAAUCAUUUUGACAAUUAACUCUGGUUAAACAGUUCACCUGGAUUAAUCAGUAUUGUUGGACAGCUCUAAAACAGCCUUGACUGUUAAACAGCUAUUGAAUGUAAUAUUAUGAAUGUGUAUUUUUCCUUGUCUGUCUUUUCUACAUUUCCAUGUUUUUGAAGUUGCAUGUCUGUUAUGAAAACCAGAGAGAUGUUGUAGUAUUAAAAAUUUAAACAGUGGGUUUCUCACACAUGUAAUAGGUAACGCAUCCAUAACAAAAAGUAACUUGUUCCACAUCACCCCCAUCUCUUUUCCCCCACCAAUUACAGGACUCAGGAAUCAUUGCUAAAUAGUUUUCCUUUUCAGGACAGUUGUUUCUUGCUUUUUCUCAUAAUUCAUUUAAUAUUUAUACUUUCAUUUUAUUACUUUAGUUAAGAGCUGACAUAUUUUGUUUAGCUGGUGCUGGCAUUAGAGAGUUAGAGAAGAAAUGUAGUGCUGACUCUAAAGCAAAAGACAAUGUCCAUUGAUAAACAGAUGCUUACCAAAAAUGGAUGUAAACUUUGUCUCUUGUGGCUAGAAUAUACUGGACUGAUGAAUUUCAAUUUUUUCAUUCUUGUGAUGCUCUCAGUUUACAGUCCAAAGCAGUCAGAAUAGAACCAUCCAGUACUUUUAACUGACAUCUGAGGUUCUAGCACCAUAAUUGGUCUCCUUGGGCCUUUCAUCACCAGUCCAGGCACCCUUAAAAUUGUACUGUCCAAGUCAAGUAAAACAAAACCAUCCUUUUCGUGUUCCUUGAUGGCAGUGUUCUUCCCACUUUUUCUUUUAAUGUGAGUGUAAAAGGCUCUUAGUUUACGUUCUGAGAACACAAAUCAUAAAACGUGCUUGCUUUUAUGUAGUCUGUGAGAUUCACUGCAGAUAGCUGAUCUUGAGUGUGCACUGGAGCACAUUAAAGUUUGGCUGAUAUCCCAUUCUGCCAAAGAAAAUGGUACAUCAACUGACUACCUGUAUCAAAUACCCUUUACAGAAAUAUCCAAAGCUACUAAAUAUGGAGCUUAGUGCACAUUCUGUGAACAAUACUUUUUAAAAAUCAAGAGAUCAGCACAAAUGGCAGUGUGAUUCUUGGUUAAUUAGUCUGUUCAGUUAUUUUUCCAAUAACUAAUUUGUUAGUUUUCCUACAGUGAGAAGUUUUCAAAGAAAUUUGUGGAAAGAGAAAGUGAAGUCCCUCAUUAAUGUCACACCACAGAUUUCCUCCAUCUGAUUCAUUGAUCCAUAUGAACGUGGAACGAAGACUCUGUCAGAAGUUUUUAGGUAUUCCUUGGCAAACAGGAAAGCUUAGGUUUUUACAAGCUGCCUGGAACUUUACAGUUAAGCAAUUAGCUACUGUUUUAAGUGUGAGGUAGGGAUAAACAUCAUAGCUUGUCCGUUUAAUGCUCUAAAUUGAAGGAGGGAAGACAUUGUGGUCUCCGUAUAAUCUUGUGGGGAUCUCUGAAAGGGGAGUAGAAAUAGAGGAUUGGAAAAGGGAAGGGAUUUUAAUUGGAGAACAAACUGUUUAGCUUCCAGAAUCAACUUGAUCACUGGUGUUAAAAUGCCAAACAGAGAAUCAUGCUGUCACAUAGUCUCCUAAUCAAAAGGUAGGAGUGUGGGGGAAUUAUGUAGACUCCAUGCUC